AUGUCAAAUACUGAAGACCAUUUUAAAGAACAUUUUGAAGAAUAUUUUGAAAAUCAUGAUACUGAUAAUGAAGUUCUUUCUAUUCAAAAUACAAUUAUAUCUCUUCCAAAAAAAAAACUUCUAAAAUUUAUCAAUAUUUUACUUAUGGAACUGACGAAAGGUGACAUUGCAAAUAUUGUAU